GAGCGCUCCGCGCGGCUCCGCCCCUUCUGGGACCUGAGGUCCAUCGCUGGUGAGGAACCCAGGGACGCCUCGUUUCCUGCUGCAUCCCGCUCCGUUUCGGCGCAGUGGCUUUACCUUAUCGCCCACUUCUUUGCGCACAGGCAGCUGUUCUGGGUUCUUUCGGGAGUCUCUGGGGCUCGAUGGCGGAGCCUGUGGACUCCGAAAGGGUGUUCGCUCGCGUCCCUUCCCCUUCUUCAGCCCGGAGCCCUCCUGUGAGGGCAGCGGGGGCGCGGGGAGAGCGAGGAAACCUCCCGAGGGGAACGAAGAGCGUCUUACAGGACUCCGCAGAGGAAAUGCACAAUUUUGAGGACGAGUUAACGUGUCCCAUUUGUUACAGUAUUUUUGAAGAUCCUCGUGUACUACCAUGCUCUCAUACAUUUUGUAAAAGUUGUUUGGAAAACAUUCUUCAGGCAUCCGGUAAUUUUUAUAUAUGGAGACCUUUAAGAAUUCCACUCAAGUGCCCUAAUUGCAGAACUAUUAUUGAAAUUGCUCCAACUGGUAUUGAAUCUUUACCAGUUAAUUUUGCAUUAAGGGCUAUUAUUGAAAAGUACCAGCAAGAGGACCAUCCAGAUGUUGUUUUCUGCCCUGAACAUUAUAGGCAACCACUAAAUGUCUAUUGUCUAUUAGAUAAAAAGUUAGUUUGUGGUCAUUGUCUUACUGUAGGUCAACAUCAUGGUCAUCCUAUAGAUGAUCUUCAAAGUGCCUAUCUGAAAGAAAAGGACACACCUCAGAAACUGCUGAAACAGUUAACUGACACACAUUGGACAGAUAUUACUCAUCUUAUUGAAAAGCUAGAACAACAAAAGUCUCAUUCUCAGAAAAUGAUCCAGGGUGAUAAAGAAGUUGUUUUCCAGUAUUUUGAGGAGCUUAUUGAUACAUUAGAACAGAAAAAAAAUUUUUUUAUAACAGCUCUCAGUGAUGUUAGCAAUCUGAUUAAUCAAGAAUAUACCCCACAUAUUGAGAGAAUGAAAGAAAUAAGAGAACAGCAGUUUGAAUUAAUGACACUGACAACAUCUUUACAAGAAGAAUCUCCACUUAAAUUUCUUGAAAAAAUUGACAAUAUCUGCCAAAGUGUGCAGAUCUUGAAACAAAGACCACUUCCAGAGGUCCAGCCUGUUGAAAUUUAUCCUCGAGUAAGCCAGGUAUUAAAAGAAUGGAGCAGAACAGAAAUUGGACAAAUUAAGGAAGCUCUUAUUCCUGAAAUGAAAAUUUCUUCAAUAAGGAUGCCAUCUUCCUGGCCUGAUACAGAUAAAAAAGAAGUUGAAUUUUUUCAAAUUUUAAGUAUUUCACUGUUAUUAAUGUUGACACUUUUUUUCUACCAGCACAUAACAACCUUCUUAAAUGAAGUAUGUUCAAUAUGUUUUUCUAAAGUCUCUUUGUCUGUUUACCAAAGUUUGUCUAACAACUUACAUGAUUUAAAAACCAUACUGUAUCACAUUUUAUAUUUGUUAAAGGAAUUCAUGUGGAAAAUAGUUUCUCCUUGAAAAUUUGAAUCUGGAUUGUUAAAUGGGCCUUUUCUGUACAGCAGAGGCUAACUACUAACUGGAGAAACAGGAGGUAGCAUUAAAAACUAGUAAACUAGAAAUGAGAACCAAGACCUGUCAUGUAAAGGUACAAGAUCCCAAUGAUGAAUGUAACUGUACUGUAUAUCUAAAAUGUACCAAUAAACUCAAUGGAGGAAAAAAAAACUAGUAAACUAAACUUUGGUAGAGUUCCAAUAAAUUCAGAAAUGUUAAACCUUUCAGGCUUCUGUCGGAGAUAGUGCAUCAAAUAAAAAUGAGAAUAUAAAAGAUAAUUCAAAUUGUCAACUAUGUAUGAUGAAAUCUAGUAAUUAGAGUAUUAAUGUUGUCUUAUUUGUAUUGUCUUGAUGGAAGUCGACUUAGUGCAGCUCUUUUAAACAUUUGUACUGCUAUUAUCUUUUACCAUUAUUAUAUCAAUCUUUGAAUAUUCAUAUAUACACAUGUAUAUGUAUAGUGUUUUGGAUUAAAAGAUGGAAAAAUCCUCAGUGCCUCAUGUCUCAAUUUGAAUGGGUAAAUAAGGAUGGUCAAAAGGCUUAAAAAACCAAGCAACCAAAUUUUAAGUGGUAAAGGACUGCUUAAAGAUCUUUUUGAUGAAACAACUAAUUCAUACAUUUAAUGUUUUAGAUA